AUGAUUGAUGAGGAAAGUACUAGGAAGGGUUACGCGAACGCGAAAAUCUACAAAUGCGACAACCCAAAAUGCCCCAGACCGACCAGUUUCAUAUCGGGCGGUUCGUCCAAGGACGACAACUUCCCGUGCUUGCGGCCCGCGUGCACGGGGCGCUUCCAGCUUGUGAGACAUGUCAGCUUUGUGGACUGCCCCGGGCACGACAUUCUUAUGGCUACUAUGUUGAACGGAGCCGCUGUCAUGGACGCCGCGCUUUUGUUGAUCGCUGGUGAGUUGUUGCGCGCCGGCCGGUUCGUGGUCGCCAUUCUAGGACCUGUAUACCCCAACGAGCAUCCGUCCUGCGAGCUAUGUGGCCACGUAAUUGUUAAAGAGUUACAAAAUGUAUGA